CGAGGAUCUGAACAUGGUGCAGCUGUCUCCAUCCCCAGCCCGGGAUGUCUCUCCUUCACCUGCGUGCUCCGAGAAGGGGAGGCAGGGGAGCCCUAAGGCAGGUAGCCCCAAGAUGGGCUCCCCUGGUGGGCUGAGUCCUCUCCAGCUGGCCCUGGCAGCCUCCACCACCAUCUACCAGGGCUACGAGAGUUACAUCGAGGACGGCCUCAUCUGCCUCAAGCACAAGAUCCGCAACCUGGAGAAAAAGAAGGUAGGAUGGAUGACAAGAUUAGUGGUUUGGUGGGUGUUUAAGUGGAUGGAGAUAUUACCACCCCUUUCAGGGUUUCCUGCAUGUCACCAUAAAAUAAAGACAUUGUAAGUGUUUGUAUCCACAGAUUAAGUUGGAAGACUACAGGAAGCGUUUGAAACAUGGGGAAUCACUCAAUCAAGACCAGAUAGUAAGAACAGGAUUUCCAAUUGUGGUAAUAAAAGCAGUACAUUUAUUUCUACCAGAGGAUUGAGAUGUUGCCUUGUCUUUUAAACUCUUUGUAUGUGUGUCAGGAUGCAGUGGAGAAGUAUGAUGAAGUGAUUCACAACCUACAGUUUGCCCAGGAGCUGCACAAGACCCUGGGUGGCCUAACACAAGACGUAAGGAUCUCUGUUUGCCAUUGCUUAUCAUAAUGCUGGUGUGUGUAUAUGGGGAUGGGUAGAGCAGCUCCGCAUGCAUUCCUUUUGGUAGACCAGGCGUAUUUUCUUAUGCAUAGUCAGAAUAGCACUUCGCCAUUCAUUUCAAGCGUCUGAGAAUAGGUUCAUGAGGGCAGAAAGGGUGUGAUGUAUUGGAUUGGAAUCCAGCCUCUUGUCAAUGGAUUGUACACUUGAGGCUUUAGCCCAUUGCAAAGCUGAGUUGGGAAUUAGCACACUGCUGUUCCAUUCUGCUGCUCGAAUACCUUGAUUGCUUUAAUGGUUAGGUUUCACUUUCCCUACUUCUAUGUCUAAGUGCAUGGCCUGAUAUGGUGUCAGUAAUCUAGACCUAUUAGCUGGUCAACAGAUCACUUGUUUGUCCAGAUUCAUGAUUAAUUAUCUUGCAUUUUUGCAAGACAACAUAAUGGACUUUAACUUACACCCAUCCAGACAUUUGAAAUCAACAAAAGCAAGUCGACUGGUCUAGUGAUUAGGUGUAGGAGUAGGUUUGCGAUUGGUCCGUAGAAUCCAUCUAACCACCCCCCUUUAGCUGCUAAAGGCCCAGAAGAAGGCGUUGAAGAAGGAGCAGAUGGCCAAGCUGGAGGUAGAGAGGAGGAGGCUGUGCGUAGUGCUGCAGGUUAAGUUCCUCCUGCAGACCCUGCUGCAGCACGAGCACAUCAGGAAGGACCUCCUCUCUGCCCGCAACCCCCAGCUCCAGGUUGCAGAGCUACAGAGCCUGCUUGAGCUCGCUGAACUACUGGGGGUGAAGAGGGACAAGAAUGUGAGGUACUGGGGAAUAGAUGUGCACACCACACACACACAUUCUGUUGGACUUGAGGCACAACAGCAUAAGUUACAAUGAAACACUCCCACAUGUCUGUGUUGAUUGAAGACUAGUCUGAUCCCCCUCUACUGUGUCCCAGUUUGGAGGAGCAGAUGGAGAGCGCAGCCCUGGUCUACCUGGACCUGCUGGAGGGAAAAAAUAAACCAGUAGCCGGCACCACCUGUGAGUUUAAACACUACCUGUCCUGUACCUUUUUAAACACCUGCACAAAUACUCCAUUUACUAUGACUGGUAUCCUCAACUUGAUCUGCCAUUUGAUGAACUACUUUAGCUGCCAUGUUUAAAAUGCAUGCAUUUGAAUGUUUGCAGACAAGGUCCUGAAGGCUAAAUUGGCUAAGCUGAUGGAUUGUGGGUACUUUGAUUGUGUACCGCCACCUCCGAGCAAGAGUCCCAAGGAAGUAGAGGUUCCGAUGACCAAGAAGACUGUCUCUCAAACAGCCAGCCUCUCUGGUAACUCUACAACAGUGCAACUAUUCUUAUUCAAAAGCUACUUAUCAGGCGGGGUAUAGAACAAUUAAUGUAUACAACAUUUUGUAAUUUAGCUGGAUAUUAUUUUGCCUUGCAGCCCUGAUGAAGUCAAACAAAAAAGAUGUGCCUAGCAGAGAGGUAAGAACCACUAACAUGCAUUUCCUGGAAGUUUGGUGCCACUACUUCAACGUUCAACCAGUGUUCUCCUUAAGCUAUUUACCUGAAUGCGCUGUGGAUAUCGUACUGUUGUGCUGAUAGUCUGUGGGUGAUGCCAGUUUCUUAACAGACACUACCUGCCUGACACAGACCCCAAUGGGUGUCGAGACGCUCCCAUUAAUCAGAACUGGAAGACCAAGUUCCAGGCCAUGAAGGAACAGGAGCCACCGGACUCAUGGGAUAUGGAGUCGGACUCCACUCAGCCUGUAAUCCAGAAACCAUGGAGAGGGGCGGCUGUGUUAAUCUCCAAAGUGCCAGUUACUACCAAGAAACAAAAUGGCGAACCCAAACAGGUGAGGUAUUCUCUUAUACAUGAACUUUCAGGGCAGUUGGAAUUUGAGACUAGUUGUGAUGUCUAAUGGCCAAGGUUAACACUGGGAUUGGGCUAGCAGAUCUUACUUCAGAUCAAUCAUACAACUCAAUGACUCUGUUUCCUCAGAGAAGGGCAAAGUCCAAAAGGGAGCGGGACGCCACAGCUGUGAGUAGACUCUUAUCCUUGCAUCUCUUAGGUUUGAUGGACCUGUCCAUAUUACUCCAUCAUAUUCUAAUUUCUAACAGGCACCUCGUGUGGACACCCCUGUGGAGGUGUUCAACUCCCAGUCUUCCUUGCCCAAGGACCCCAUCCUGCGCAAGCAGCAGCUGGAGGACCUGAUGACCAAGAUCAGAGGCUCCUUCAGCUUCAUGCAGGUACAGUACUGCUCAGAGGUCAUUUCCAGUUGAAAAGCCAUGGAUCAUUUCCAAUGUUCCACCUGGGUCGGGUUUACCACGGCACACUGCGCAGAAAACAAAAAUAAACGUUUCUUAUUGGUUAAGUCCAGGUAGUCCCUCCCUGUUUAAGUCUUCUUUUGUUGGGUGCCAAAUAAAUACAAUCCUGGAUUAUUCCCCUGUUUCCAGGAUUCUCUUCUGGAUGGAGAAGGAUCACCCACUAACAGCCAUCUUAGACUGGGCCGUCGUGCCUCUGGAUCCCCCUCUCCACUCGGUAGCCUACCACAACAAAGUUGGUAUUUAAUUGUCUGACUUCUAGAUGAACAGAACACUUAACAUAUGUUUUUUUUAACCUCUUAUUCUCAACAGUACAGAGCAAUUCAAGGAGAAGCCCAGUGGACCUUCUCCCCAAAACACUGCAUGUAAGAUCUGGAGAAGAAGUGUGAAAUGGCACCCUAUUCUAGUGCACUAAUUUUGACCAGGGCUCUGUUUAAACUUAUGACUGUUGGAGUAAGUAUUUUAAGAUAAAUAUUUUUGUCCUGUCUCCAGUCCACUCCAUUGCCUUCUAAACUCCUCCCUGUUGAUGACAAACCCAGUCUGACCAAUGGAGACAGCGGUUGUCUAGAGAGCUGUGACCUGGACCUAACUACAGAGGACCUGGCUCACGUAAUAACCAUUUUAAGAACUCCCCUGUCUGUUAAAUGAGACCCAUUAAAACAAUGACAUUUUUUUUAUUUUAGAUCCACAAUUGUUAUGAAGCUUUUUAUAAAGCACAAUGGUUGUCCUCUCCAGGAUCCAUGUCUGCUGCUGUCUGAGAGUGAGACUGCCUGCCCCUCUCCUCCAGCUCCUCCCCUCUACCGUAGGGAGUCCUCCAUCUCAAUCACCCUGGACGAGAAGACCUCUGCUCGGGUAAAACAACUCUUUCCCUGACCAUGUAGGAUUGGCAAGCCUAAAGUGCAUAGUAUUCUGAUUUUGUUUGUCUCCCCUGACGGUGUUCCCUCACUGUACCCAGACUCCCAUCUCUGAAUCUGGGAAGCAGUCCCCCUGUAACGGGGUGGUGCCUCCUUGUACCUCAACCCCAACCUCCACCCAGGGGCAGCCCUUUUCUACCCCUCCCAGCAGACGUACACUCACCAUGGCUCCCCCUGUUCCCUUCCAGACCAUGCAUUCGGUAAGUCUACCCUACCACACUUAACGUGCUCAUAGAAUAGGCAACAGGCUUUAGUCUGAAUACCCAUAAGAGACGUUUUAGUGUGAGCCUUGGGUCUGUUUUGUCUCUGAAGGUAUUCAAGGUGAACGUCCCCUUACUUCCGACUGGAGACUUUAAAUCCGAUAUAAUCCCCUAUUCCACCACCAGCACUCAGACCCCACCGGAGUUUGCUUCCCCGGAGGACGAACACCUACAGUCGGGUAUGCCAGAGUUGUAUUCAUUAGGGCAGUCAAUAGAAAACGUUUGCAACGUAAAACAAAGAUUAGUUUAUUAGACAAAUCCAGGGGUGUAUCCAUUACGCAGGAAACAAGAGUUUCAAUUGGACAAAUUCAGUUGGGUCCCUCCCCGUUUGGUUCUUAAAUGGUAAACAGUUUCCAUUGCAAGACUUAAUGAUUUAAAUUAUUAUAUAAAAUUCUUGCUACCAAUAGAAUGUUAUUUAUAUGGGGGAUACAAUCUUCCCAGCUCUGCAGAUUUUGCUGUGAAGAGAUAGAAUCAUUAGAUCAUUUGUUUUGGUUCUGUCCAUUUGUAGCUUGUUUUUGGACACAGGUCCAGGAAUGGCUAAAGGAUUGCAAUAUUUACCUGGAACUAACCUUGCAGAUAGCAUUACUGGGUGAUCUGAAAAGUCAUAGUCCAUCAAUCAAUAAUAUAAUAAUACUUUUAGCAAAAAUGUUUAUUUUUAAUUCACAAUCUGUAGAAGCAAUGAGAAUAGAAAGGUUCAGAACUUUUGUAAAACAUCACAGUACGGUUGAAAUAUAUAUGGCAAAUAGAAAUCCUAUAUGGAUGGUGUUAAGAGAUAGAUGGGAGGUGUUGAAUGGAGUUGAAGGAUGGGACUAAUAACAAAUAACAACAAAUAAUAACAAAGAUAGCUAAUAAUGUAAGCAUACUGUGUCCAUAGACUUAAUGAAUACACCCCUUGUUUGUCUGUUUUCUUCCUAAUGAAUACAACCAAGUCUACUCUUAUUUCUCUCCCUUGGGCAGUGAACCAGUCUGAAUGUCUGGUGGGUAGUGGUGGGCAGAUCUUCCUGUCCCCUAGCCAAUCAGGUGGCACCAUGGGCCGUUCUGGCCAAUCAUACUACAGAGGAUCUGUUAGAGGUAUUGCACGUGGUGGCAAGGGGCUGGCACACUCCUACUUUCGCUCUUCUGGUGGGCACAGAGGUAUUUAUCCUCUUACUUCUCUUCUCCCAUCCAUCCCUCCAUCCUAUCCUUCAUCCUUUCCCUCUAUCCUAUCUUGUUCUGCUGAUGCAUGUCUCCUACUGAUUCAGAAUGAGCUUCUAAACCUUAAUGGAUUGGAUCAAGUAAACUCCAUUCCCUUGCCUCCCAACAGUUUCCACAUGACAUGAUCAUAAUAUUACAAGGUUUUGAGUUAGACAUCACAACCCAAUUUUAUCUGUCCCCUUCCCCUUGGGUUUGACGGGUUUCGGGCUGGUCUGCGCUCCCCAGGAGGAAGCUUCAUCCCCCAGGCUCACCUGUUCGGCGCUCGGGUAAGACACUGCUUCCCACAUCUGUGUGCACUAUCAGAUAUUGUAUGUACAUUAGUAUAGAUUGCUGAAGUGAAAGGUUUUAGAGGUUUUGUCUUGUCUAAUGGUGUGUUCUUCACCAUUAGGAGACUGGCUACCAGCAUGGCUACAGGCGCGGUGGAGGCAAUGCAGGACAAAGGCACAAUAAUAGUGGUAAGUUCACUUCAUUCUUCUGGCUUGACACAAAAUCAAAUCUCUGAUUGGUUGGGUAUUUUGGUGGCUUACUUAACUGGCUUUUGAUUGGUCCUCUGCAAUAGGUUGGAGUGACUCCUCCCAGGUGAGCAGCCCAGACCGGGAGGGCAACUACUCCCUGGUAGACUCUGCCCACGGCGACUCGCUGCAUGGUUUGGGCAUGGACCUCACCCCCCAUGCCCCCCACACCCUGAUGCACGUACCCAUGUACCCGCUCCCCCAGCAUCCCCAGCCCCUCCGCGUGGCCUUCACAGCAGCCCGCACCGCCAACUACACCCCGGGCACCCUGGACCAGCCCAUCGCCUUCGACCAGCUCCACAGCAACCUGGGGGAAAUGUUCAACACCAAUGUGGGUCGUUUCACCUGCCCAGCCAAUGGCACCUACGUCUUCCUCUUCCACAUCCUCAAGCUGGCGGUCAACGUGCCACUCUACGUCAACUUGAUGCGCAAUGACGAGGUGAUGGUGUCUGCGUACGCCAACGACGGGGCUCCGGACCACGAGACGGCCAGCAACCACUCCAUCCUGCAGCUGUACCAGGGAGACCAGGUGUGGCUGCGGCUGCACCGCGGCUCCAUCUAUGGCAGCAGCUGGAAGUACAGCACAUUCUCUGGCUUCCUGCUCUACCAGGAC